AAAUCAGUGUUCUCGUGCGGUAUGUUUGAUAAAACGAAAGAGCCAACAAAUGUUGGGUUUGGGAGUAACUUAAGGAACACUUCACUAUUCGGAGAGAGGACACAGCAAGUAGAACUAUUUAUAUUUGGCUCGGCAAACAACGAAUCGCAAUCUGAAGGAACUUUUGGGGCAAUGAUGAAAAAUAAUACAAACUGUUUUGGAAGUAAUGGAAAUUUUGAGAUUUCCUUUAAAUUUCCACAAAGUUCCGAGCAAUUCCCGAAAAACACCAAAGCGACAUUUGGUAGAGGUUUCGAUCAAAGAAAAUCAAGAAAAUCGACUACCAUGUUGGCGUUUGGUGAUAAGAACAUUUCGAUUUAUCGUAAACUAUUUGGCAGCCCUCAAGAGACACCGGCAAACUCUAGUUCUGGCACUAGUGAUUUUUUCAAAAUAUUUGGCUCAUUGAGUUCAAACCCAAACCGUGAUUUUAAUCGAAGUGCAAACAACACCUCGCAUAAACAGACAACAAACACGCUUUUUGGUCAAGAUGGGACAUCCUCAAAUACCAGUGGUUUCGGUGCAGAAAGAAACUCAGCUUCCAGUAAAGCUCCAGAUGGAAAUACCUCAGCUGACCUUUUUGGUCAACCCAAAAACCAACCCCUUACAUUUUCCUCUUCAAAGCCUUCCGCUACAACGGCAUGCAAAAAUUUACAUGAUAGCACAGCUGAAUGUUCAAGACCUAUGGCCGGCUUUGGUGAACUUCAACACUCCACUAGUUUUGGCUCUACGACAACUCUGAGCUCAACCCAAAAUUGUGUUGACCAAAACGCAAACAACAGACCGCAAAAGCAGACCACAAACUCAAGUGCCAAUAGCUUCAAACCUUUACAGAAACCUUUGGUCACAGACUCGGCUUCCAGAAUACCUCCAGAGGAAAAUACCUCAGCUGACCUUUUUGGUCAACCCAAAAACCAACCCCUUACAUUUUCCUCUUCAAAGCCUUCCGCUACAACGGCAUGCAAAAAUCUACAUGAUAGCACAGCUGAAUGUUCAAGACCUAUGGCCGGCUUUGGUGAACUUCAACACUCCACUAGUUUUGGCUCUACGACAACUCUGAGCUCAACCCAAAAUUGUGAUGAUCAAAAUGGAAACAACAGACCGCAAAAGCAGACCACAAAGUCAAGUGUCAAUAGCUUCAAACCUUUACAGAAACCUUUGGUCACAGACUCGGCUACCAGAAUACCUCCAGAGGAAAAUACCUCAGCUGACCUUUUUGGUCAACCCAAAAACCAACACCUUACAUUUGCCUCUGCAAAGCCUUCAGCUACAACGGCAAGCAAAAAUCAACAUGAUAGCACAGCUGAAAGUCCAAGACCUAUGGCCGGCUUUGGUGAACUUCAACAGUCCACUAGUUUUGGCUCUACGACAACUCUGAGCUCAACCCAAAAUUGUGUUGAUCAAAACGCAAACAACAGACCGCAAAAUCAGACCACAAAGUCAAGUGCCAAUAGCUUCAAACCAUUACAGAAACCUUUGGUCACAGACUCGGCUUCCAGAAUACCUCCAGAGGAAAAUACCUCAGCUGACCUUUUUGGUCAACCCAAAAACCAACCCCUUACAUUUUCCUCUGCAGAGCCUUCAGCUACAACGGCAUGCAAAAAUCAACAUGAUAGCACAGCUGAAAGUCCAAGACCUAUGACCGGCUUUGGUGAACUUCAACAGUCCACUAGUUUUGGCUCUACGACAACUCUGAGCUCAACCCAAAAUUGUGUUGAUCAAAACGCAAACAACAGACCGCAAAAGCAGACCACAAAGUCAAGUGCCAAUAGCUUCAAACCUUUACAGAAACCUUUGGUCACAGACUCGGCUUCCAGAAUACCUCCAGAGGAAAAUACCUCAGCUAACCUUUUUGGUCAACCCAAAAACCAACCCCUUACAUUUUCCUCUGCAGAGCCUUCAGCUACAACGGCAAGCAAAAAUCAACAUGAUAGCACAGCUGAAAUUCCAAGACCUAUGGCCGGCUUUGGUGAACUUCAACAGUCCACUAGUUUUGGCUCUACGACAACUCUGAGCUCAACCCAAAAUUGUGUUGAUCAAAGCGCAAACAACAGAUCGCAAAAGCAAACCACAAAGUCAAGUGCCAAUAGCUUCAAACCUUUACAGAAACCUUUGGUCACAGACUCAGCUUCCAGUAAAGCUCCAGAUGGAAAUACCUCAGCUGAGCUUUUUGGUCAAUCCAAAAACCAACCCUUUACAUUUUCCUCUGCAAAGCCUUCAGCUACAACGGCAAGCAAAACUCAGGCCGGCUUUGGUUCUGCGACAACUACUUCCAACCUUUUUGGAUGUUGUGGGUCAAGCCAAAAUCAUAAAUUUUAUCAAACCGCAGACCACAGACCAGAAAAGCAAACCACAAUAUCUCUGUUUGGUCAAAAUAGGGCGUCCUCAAGUGCCAGUGGCCUAAAAUCGGUUGGAACAAACUCGACUUCCAGAGGACCAUCGGCGGAUAAUAUCCCAGCUAAACUGAAUAGUUCUGCAUCUAACAAUCUAUCCGCUAACAAUGUCAAAGAUAGUGAAACCACAAAUGCAUAUAUUAAACCGACGAAUUCAACUUCUGUCAGUCAGACGCCUGCGGCCACCAAAAAUGAAAAAAGCGCUGCUUCCUCUGAAUUAUAUGGUGGUGCAAGUACCUCAAACAAUGUCAGUCAGAUGCCGUUACCUACCGAUAAUGGUACUGAGACUCAAAUCAAAUCCGAUACUCAAAGAAAUACCGAAGCUGCUAAAACUUGCUCUCAGACGUCUUUGGUGCCCAAUAACAACACUUCUGAUAUUGAAACCAAUACCGGUAAGACCUCUAAUAGCACGGUAGGUGUAGAUGGGAGUACAUCGGAAAACGAAGCGUUAAGAAACUUCAGUCACAUUCCUUUUCUCAACAGUGCCAGAGCAACUGGCGUUACGAGUAAAUCCCCUAAGGAGAAUGUCAUAGCAACAAAUAAUGCCAACAAUUACAGCGACAGCGAAUCCGCUAAUUCUACAACAAUCCCCCAAAACGAAGUAGAUGCCACAGAGCUUUCCUUUUCUAUGCUACAUAUCCCACCAUUCUCUAUCGAAAACCCAGAAGACGGGUUUACAUAUGUCGAAUCACAAUUUGCCACGGCCUCUAUCGUUGGCGAUUUUAUAAAAUAUCGUACCGUUUUGAACGCCAUUAAAAAUAACUCUUUGUUAAAAAUCUCCGAUGCCGAAAUACCACCACCCAACAACACCUCAGAUAAGUAUGGACAAUUGAAAAGGAAAAUUCUUCUAAAAUGCAACAGACAAAACCUAACCAUAAAAGCACUAAAAGAUCUAGAACUUGGUAAAAUGACCCCUACACAGUUGUUAAAUAAAAUGCGUAUUAUGGGCGGCAUAGAUAUAAACGAUGACAUUAUAAAACCAAUUUGGAUGAAUUGUUUGCCCUUCGAGGUACAGAAUAUAAUUUCAAUAAGUAGCGAUGAUCUCAGCACGUUGGCUGUAAUGGCUGAUAAAAUUAUGGCAUUGAUAAGGGGAAUAUCGCACACCAGCACGUUUGCUCUAACGUCAAGUGAGCCCCGGACAUACCCGCACUCCAGUUUGGAGCUACAAAUAUCUUUGUUGACCAAAGAAAUUGCCGAUUUAAAAAUGAAAGUAACUGAACGUCCGGCUCAGUAAAAGACGAUACAACUCUGAGCAUGUUGCAUUGAAAUGCCUGGACCCUUUUGUUAUAUGUGUAUGUGUUUUUGUACCUCCAUGUAUUAGAUUUAAGUUUCCAAUUUUCUAUAGCGAUAAUGCUUCCUUCAUUCACCCAUAAAUUGUUAUACAAACUUAAAGAUA